AUGACUGUACUGAUCAAAUUGUUUCGCAGGUGGGACAGUGGCAUUCCCGAUCGCGCACCACCGCCUCUCCCUCUCAAUACGACAAAUGGCAGCCCGGCGACGAAACCGAACACCUCCGCAGGUAUUGCCGCGGCGGCGAAGCAAAUAGUAGAGCGAGCCCGCGAGAGCACACCUUUGUCAACAUACACGUCCAACGCGUCCGGAUCGCCGGAGCGGUCUCUCAUAAAAGGCGGUGUUCAGAAGCGGAUGCAAUCGCUGCAGAAGUUGCAGACGGGCAACGUCAAGGAUUUGCGCAACUAUCUGGACAACAACAACAAUCGUUCGCCAGAACGUGCGCCGGACAGGCCGACAUCAAGAGGCGCAUACCUCCCGUACAACCGCAUGAGCAGUAUCGAGGACGACCCAUUCGAUCCACCAUCGCCUACACUCCCCGAACGCGAUCCGAGCAAAGAUACACCGACUCCACGACCUUCGUCUCGGCAACCUUGCAAAGCAAUCCUCGGGGAGAACACACCUCCAUCCGCCACGAUGCUUGCACUGCAGAACAUGCAGCUGCCUGAGAUGCCUCCUUCGCUUGCCGACAUGACCAACCGACCCAGCACUCCUGGCGGUACACGGGUGCCCACACAAUAUGACUUCUCCAGUCAAUUGCUCAACAUCACAACCAUUGCGACCAAUUUGCAGAAGGAAAUGGCUCAGCUCAGCAGACGCAGCAAAGACAACGCUACGGAUCUAUUAGCGUUGAAGAGCGCUACCCACUCCCGGGACGAGGACAUUCGGAAGACUUUGAAGGAGUUGGCCGGGAGUGUAACUUCAUCAAUACCACAACAGCUGCUUGGCCCGCCCCCACUGGGUACACCGCGGAGUCAAUCGUUUGGGAACUUUUACCCUGAUGGUAACAUGUUCAGCUCGCCUCCAUCGGCGAGCAAACGUCAUAGCAUGCCUAGAGCACAAAGCGCCCACAGCUUCGCCGAUGAUGCCCGCUGCGGUUCACCUUCACCAUAUUCGGUGGAAGGCGCUGCUAGUGUUGCCAUGCUGGAGAAGAUCAUCCGCGAGAUGGUCACCAAGGAGGGCCAGGAACGUCUUCAGUCUACCCUCGCAGAACUCCUGGAGAAGAGCCGCAGAGACAAUGUCGACGCAGCGAAGAAGGUCGAAGAGCUGUCCGAGUUCAUCAAGUUGAAGUCUCAAUCACAAGCUCUGGUCCACAUGCCUAAUGGAGAUGGACCACCACAGCUGGACCUCAACUUUGACACUCCUCGCAAGGACUCGAAGAAGGAGAGCAAUUCUGCCGCCCAGGAUGAGGUGCUGCGAUUACUACAGCGCAUCAAGGAUUCCAUCUCACAUUCUGGUGGCACUACUUCCGAAGUCAAGGGCCUCGUCCGUGAUUUGAGGGGAGAAGUUCUUGGGAUGGGCAGGGAGUUGGGGAAGAAGCUUGACCAGAUUGGCGAAUCGCACGCAAACACCACAGCGGACCGUUCUGCGAAUGAGAACCGGGAGAUGGAACACCUCGAAGAAAUUCAACGGGUCGUGGAGGAAGGACUGUCCGAGUUGAAGCAGCACAUGACGAUGGCUCUCAAGCAGCGGGCUGAGCAGGACGAUGAUGCAUUCAAGCAGCUCUCCACAACGCGAGCCGGCGCUGACGGAGACGAAGUGCUCGCCGUCGUCAAGCAUGCCCUCGCCGAACACAGCAGCAUGUUCUCGAAGCCAACCGCAGAAGCCGACGUGCCGACCCUAGACAAGGAAGGCGUACUGGACGCCGUCAAGGAAGGCCUCAAAGACUUCGAGCCAAACAUUGAGCUUCAGCAAUUUGGUCUGGAGCGCGACGAGAUCCUGGCUGUCCUGCAAGAAGGACUCGAGGAAUACCGCAACACCCGCGCCGAGCCACCUGUCGCUAACAUCGACAAGGGCGAGAUCUUUGAGGUGAUGCAAGAAGCACUCAAAGACUUUCAAGCACCAUAUCCCGAAGCGCAGCUGUCAGAACUCAAGGACGAGCUUCUCGGCACCAUUCGACAGACGCUUGAAGACUUCAAGCCUCCUCCCGUAGACGCUGCAGUCAAUCAAGAGGUCCUUCACGCGGCAGUAUUCGAUGCCAUCAAGCUAGGCAUGGAGAAUCAUGGGCCUUCCGCACCACGUGAGCUCGAGAUCAGCCGAAACGAUCUUUUCGACGCAGUCAAGGCCAGUCUGGAUGGCUCCGCAAUUCCAUUUGGCGGCAUCGGCGAACAAGUCAUCAGUCAGAUGCAGGAACUCAUCGACGGAAUGCGAGGCGAAUUCAAGCAAUACUCCGCAGCCAACGGUCGCGACACUGAGCAGGUGCUCGAUGCCGUCAACGACGGGCUCGAGAGGCUGCGUGUGGACGUCGAGUCGUACGUGGACAAGGCGCAGGAUGUGACGGGUAAGGAUGAGAUUGUCGACUCGGUCAAGAUGGGCCUGGAGCAGCUAAGACAGGAUGUCCAAGGCUACUGCGCCCAGGGGCCUGUGAACGACACUGGAAAGUCGGAGAUGCUGGAUUACAUCAAGUCCGAGUUCGAACACCUUCACACGACCAUGGCGAAUCGGGAAACCUCGCGAGAUCUUGACGCCUCUGAUGUCGCUACUGUCGACGAGAUCAAGGAGUCCACCGCGAAGAGCUCAAGCGGAGCGCUCACUGACGAGCAACUGGAGGCGAUCCGCGGAGAAUUCGAGAAUCUGCGUACAUCCAUCGCUAGUAGCGUGGUACACAGUGGGUCAAAUGAAGAAGUCCUUGAUGCACUGCGACUUGGCCUCGAUGAUCUCCGAUCACACCUGGAGAAGAAGCUUGAUAAUCCGGAGAGUGUGGUCUCCCAUCAGGGACAGGUGCUGGAUGCUCUCAACGAGCAUCUCGAAAGCCUCCGUACCGAUGUCAUCAAGACGCUCGACAAGCCUCUGGAUAUGACUGUCAACUACGAGAUUCUCGACACCCUAAAGGAUGGCUUGACUGAAUUGCGAGCUGAGAUGUCCAAGCUCACCUCAGGCAGUGGUGCUUCACAGGGCGGUCUUAUUGUCUUGGGCGAUGCUCCUGAGGCUGAAGCAUCACGUGAGGUUUCUGCCGACGCUCCAGGUAACGAGAGUGUUCAGCGCGCCGAUCUGGAGAAGGUCGAGGUCCUGCUUGCUCAACUUCAGAUCAAGAUCGAGGCCAUGGAUCACACGGUGCAAGACAUGCCACGCUCUGCACUACCUGUAGAUGGUGCAGCGAUGAAAGAAGACCUGGCCGGCCUGGAGAGUAUGAUCCGCGAGCUGCAAGAAUCCACCAUGGCUGCCAAGAGCGAACGUGGGCCUGAAGGUGCCGCAUUGAAGGAGGACACCGACGCCAUUGAGACGCUGCUUCGCAAUACCAAAGCGCACCUUGAGGAGAUUAAGCUGCCCGAUCCUGAAACUGCAAUCACCCAGGACAACCUCGAUGAAGUGCACGCGGCUGUCCGAGUCACAAACGAAGCGCUUGAGACUCUUACCGAGAAGCUCGAAGCAACUUCUGCCUCCAAGGGUGAUGUUGCAGCUGUUGAGACCCUUGCCGCAGACAUCAAGACGAUGACGGAAGGGCUCAAGGAGAAACUUGAAGCUAUGUCCGAGGAGGCCAAGCCAGAAGUCAUGACCAAGGCCGAUCUCGAUGUGCUCGGCGUCCUCUGCACCGAGAUCAAGACCAGUGUCAAUGAGAUUGCACUGCCAAAUCCGGAGGAUCUGCCGUCUAAGGCCGACAUCGAGUCGCUGCAAGGCCUCAUCGCUGACUUUCGCGAGAGUCACGACAAGAUGCGCGAUAGCUACGAGACCGACAUUGCUGUCACCGCAAAGGCUUUCGAUGACCGCAAGCAAGAAUUCGAGGACACAAUCAAUCAGCUUGGCGAAGUCAAGACUUUGAUCGAGGGCGUCAAGGAUGAGCUGGUCGAGAAGAUGAGUGACGGCGAGCUCAAGCUAUCAAUCGAUACUUUUGGCGCCACUCUUGCGAGCCUCGAGGAGAAGUCUGGUCACGAAGAUGUCAUCUCCGAGGUCAAGGAGGUUAUGGAGAAGGUCAAGGAAGAGUUCGAGCGUGCUCACGAGUCUCUGGAAGCGAUCAAGACCGACAAUGCGCAAUCUUCGGAGACAGUCUUGGAGAGACACUCCGAACACAAAGAUGCAAUCAUCAAAGAAUUGACCGAGAAGCUCGAUGGCCUUUUCGAUGGACUGAUGAGCAAGUACGAUGAUGCUCAGAAGGCCGCAGAGGCCAAGUCCGCAAUGGUGGAGGAGAAGGCUCAAGAACAGCAAGAGCUGCUCAACAGCACCAAGGUGAUGACCGACGAUCUCAAGCUCUCCAUCGACACCCUCGGCACCGCCAUGACAACCUUCAUGGCUGAGCUCCCCUCCACGAUGGAGAAGAUGGCGGAAGAGUCCAAGACCGUCUUCAAUCAGGCUCUCGAGACUCACAGCAAGCUGGAAGAGACUACCGAGACUCUGAAGGGCGAGCACCUUGCCACUCGCGACGAAGUCGCCAAAGUACUCGCCGCUGUCGACAUCGUUCAAAGCGACAUGUCUGAGCAUAACCCACGCUUUAUGGUGACUCUUGAGGAGGUCCGAGCGCUCAUUAACCAGCACUACGAGCACUCUCAACAGACUUCGGAGGCGGCUGCCGAGCAAGCACAAGCGACGUCUCUGCCGACUCUCCUACCAGCUGCGGUCGAAGUGGCACCCUCGGUGGAAAAGUACGACGAUGCUGCCGUUCAUGAGAAGCUCGACAAGCUCAUGGGGCAUGUCGAGGAAGCUGGCGAUCGCUCCAUCCAGGUCGAGCGACUUGACCAGAUACACGAGAAGGUCAUGGCUACAGCUGCUGAGGUCUCGGCUUUCGUCGCCGCUCAGAACAAGCAAAUCAUCGCGGACCACGAGAGCAAGGAAAAGGAAGCUGAGGAGAUCGGUCUUCUUCUCGAGCGUCGUCUUGAGCGCAAGGAUCAGCUUGAAGCAGACAUCACUGUUCUUAACGAGGAGAAGGAGACUCUGCAGCAAGCUGUUGAGUCACUCAAGGCUGAGAAGGAAGCACUUGCCGUUCAGAAGUCUCGUCUGAACGCAGACGUCUCCGCCAUGCAGACCGCCCUCCUCAUCCGCCGCGAUGAGCUCCACGAAAUGGACAACAAAGCCCUGGCAAUCGAACGCCGCAUGCUCGAAGGCGUCAUGAAUCAAUCUCGCAUGCUUCUCCUCUCGAAGACCGCAAAACCUGCGCCAAAGAAGAAACCUCAAGGCCGCGACCUUCGCGUUCCCAGCAACGCAUCCGCCAUGUCUUCCCACACCGUCACUUCCUCAGUUCCGGAUCUCAAGCCACUUCACGCCAUGGCAAUGAAGUCUCGUCCUGGUCUCAAUCGGAACGGACCCGCGCCGAACACCGCUGAGCGUCGUAUCAUGUCGCUCAACCAAAUCGCGCAUAACGUGCCGACUGGAGCUCACGCUUUUGUUCCUGCGGUUGAGAAAGCCAGCCUUCUUUCCGGGAUGCAGAGCGGUGGCAUGAAGCGCAGCCACUCUGUCAAGACAAACUUCAUGCAGCGCAAACCUUCGUGGUCGACGAAGCGCAACGCCAGCAUGACGGUCCAUAACAAGGAGAAUGAAACAUUGUCUGAAGCCGACGAGGAAGACGAUCUGGAGUCGCCGGGUGCUGGAGUCAGCGAAGCUGGUACCGUCGAUAGGAGGGAGAGCUACCUUUCCGGCACGGAUGGAAGCAUGACCUACGGCACUGGUAGCUACAUCACCGACGGCGAGACGCCAGAGCUCGAGUCGCGGAGGAGCUAUGCGCCCAGCGACAUGACCUACGACACGGGUAGCUACUUGACGGGAGGCAGUUACAUGACCGGCAGCGAGAUUGAUCGUCGUACGAGUCUGGGCAGCAUCAGCAACUCCGCUGCGGGCAUAGUUGCGGGUGGCGAAACGAGCACGAUUGAUGAAGAAGAGGAGGAGGCGGAGGCGGAGCUGGGAGCCGAGAGAGUCGUGGCGAAGGAGGACGAUGAGUCGCCGUUGGAGAUGCCGCCGCAAAUUGGAAAGAGUGAGUGGGCGCCCCCUAGCGAUAGUGGCCUAGGGACGGAUUGUCCUACUGCUAUGCUGAGUGGUGGGGAGGAUUACUUCAAGUGA